AAUAAAGCAAACAACAUUAUUGCGCUCUGAAGUUAUAACUUUAUCUUGUAAUAAAUUAUAGUAAUUAAUAACAAUUAACAACAAGUCUAAAGGUGUAAAAUAUUAAAAAUAUAUUACAUUUUUUUUUGCCCUAUUUUCUGUAGCCUAAAGGUAAAAAAUUUUGAGAAGACGUUGUUCUAACAUGUUAUAAAUUUGAAUACGUUAAAAACAACAUAAGUUAAUAUGUCAUCUGCAUAUGUAUCUAGACAUGAUUCUAGAUCGAGAGAUCGUAACAGAAAUAAGAAAACUGAUGACAAAUAUGAGGACUAUAAACAUAGGAGACAACAAAAGAGUUCAUCUAAAAAGAGAUAUAAAUCUAAAUCAAAAUCAAAAUCUAAGCAUAAAAGCAGAAGCAGAAGGUCUUCAUCAAAAGAUUCAUCAUCGUCAUCUUCUUCGUCAUCAUCAAAAUCUAGUAAUGACGAAGCUAAACUAUUAGAGCGUUUACAAAAAGAAAGGAUGAGAUUAGAAGAAGAACGAAAAAAUCAAAAAGAAUUAGCAAAAGCUAUGGAGACACCAGAAGAAAAACGCUUUAGACGUUUAAUGAAAAAAGAAGCGAAAGAAAGAAAAAGAAAAGAACUUAUGGGAUGGGAUAAUGAUUAUCUUCAUUAUACAAAUGCUGAUAAUCCUUUUGGUGAUGCAAAUUUGUUAUCCACAUUUGUAUGGGAUAAAAAAUUGGCUAAGGAUGGUCUAGUAGGAGUUAGUCAUGAAGAACUGGAGGCGAGAAACAGGCAAAAAAUGGAAGAAAAUAAAAGAGAAUUAGAGAAAGUAAAAAAGUCACGCAUGGAAAGAGAAAUGGAAAGGCAACAGCGAGACGAAGAAAUGGCGAUGAUGCAAAGAACUAAAGAGGCAGCACAAUUUAAAGAAUGGGAAAAGAACGAAGAUCAGUUUCAUUUAGAACAAGCCCGUUUAAGAUCAACUAUUCGAAUUCAUGAUGGCCGAGCAAAACCUAUUGAUCUUCUUGCUAAGUAUAUAAGUAACGAAGAUGACGUAGACACAGCAGAGAUGUACGAGCCAUAUAUUUAUUUAAACGGUUUGGUUUUGAAAGAUUUGGAAGAUCUUGUUGUUGACAUAAAAGUUUAUAUGGAGUUAGAAAAGGGAAAAAAUUUUGAAUAUUGGAACGAUAUAACAGUUAUCGUUGAAGACGAAUUGCAUAAAAUGAGAAAAAAACAAACUGAAUCGGCGUACACUGUCGUUGGCCGUCGAGAAGGUAUACAUCAAUCGGUGGCAAAUGAAGUCGCUCAAAUUUUUAAAGGUAAAAACGCAGAGCAAUUGGAUCAGUUAAAAGCACAAAUUGAGAAAAAAAUUAAUAGCAAGGCAGAAGGAGUAGAUAUAGGAUAUUGGGAAACGUUGUUGUCUCAGCUCAAAGCACAUGUUGCAAGAGCAAGGUUAAGAGAUCGCCAUAAUGAAACAUUAAAACGUAAGCUGGAGGUACUGAAGGCUCAGCAAAAAGUUGUAGAGGAUAAACAAUUAGAUGUCGCCGAAGGAAGUAGUGAAAAAAAUAUAACCAAACAACAAUCGUCUUCUGCCAAUGUACAACAUGAUCACAACGAGCCAUCGACUUCUAAAGAUCAUACAAAUGAAGGAGAAGAAUCACAAUGUUCCGUUGAAGAAUUGAGUGAUGCCGAACAAGAAAUUCAAAAUAAAAUCGAAGAGUGUAUUACUGACUAUGAAUCUAAUGGGUACAGUCCUGUGUAUGUAUCGCCAAAUAGUUUGGAACUGGGAACAUUAGUCGUAUCGGAAGAAGAUGACCUCAAAAGACUGACGUUUGCCAGAUUACAAGUGCAGGGUACGGGAACAAGGAUUGAGAAUGUCAUGGCUGCUGAAGAAAGAGCUUUACAAAAAGAAGCUAGAAAGGGGAUGACUAACGAGGAAGCGGAAUUUUCAGUCGAAUCCGAAUUAGAUAAUCAAGUUUAUUUAUGGUCGGAUAAAUACAGACCACGUAAACCGAGAUAUUUCAAUAGGGUUCACACUGGAUUUGAAUGGAAUAAAUACAAUCAGACCCAUUAUGAUAUGGAUAAUCCACCGCCAAAAAUUGUUCAAGGGUACAAAUUCAAUAUAUUUUAUCCAGAUUUAAUAAAUAAAGGAUCGACGCCUCAAUAUUUCUUAACCGCUUGUGCAGAUAAUCCAGAAUUUGCAGUGUUACGUUUCCACGCUGGUCCACCAUACGAAGAUAUUGCAUUCAAAAUAGUUAAUAGAGAAUGGGAAUAUUCAUAUAAACGAGGUUCCGUUGUCAAUUCCACAACAACAUUUUUCAACUUUGGUUCCAUUUUAAGCGAUAUCGCUAUAGGAGAUAGUUUAGAAACGUAUGUGCCUUUCUAACUAUAACAACCUAUUGUUUUGUACCUGUAAAUUUAAAAAAAAUAAAUUGACUUUUUUGUUAGUUUUUAAAUAA